CGUAUAAAAUUCAUUGUUAAAUCUCACUCAACAUAGUUUCGUCAAUAAACCCUCACACUCCUCCACCACACGAUCCCCCAUCCUAUAAAACCCACCUCAUCACACUCCUUCACCUCCUCAUCCAAACCAGCAACAGCCUCCCCACCAACAAAAAAAAAAACAGAGCUUUCCCGGCAGAUUCACAGAGACAGAGAGAGAUGGAGGGAAAGGAAGAAGAUGUCAGACUGGGAGCCAACAAGUUCAACGAGCGGCAGCCGAUCGGAACGGCGGCUCAAACCCACGACGACAAGGACUACAGGGAGCCGCCGCCGGCUCCCCUGUUCGAGCCAGGGGAGCUCACCUCCUGGUCCUUCUACCGGGCCGGAAUCGCCGAGUUCAUCGCCACUUUCCUCUUCCUCUACAUCAGCGUCCUCACCGUCAUGGGCGUCGUCAAGAGCCCCUCAAAAUGCUCCACCGUCGGCAUCCAGGGCAUCGCCUGGGCCUUCGGAGGAAUGAUCUUCGCCCUCGUUUACUGCACCGCCGGAAUCUCAGGGGGACACAUAAACCCUGCGGUGACGUUCGGGCUGUUCCUGGCGAGGAAGCUGUCGCUGACGAGGGCGGUGUUCUACAUGGUGAUGCAGUGCCUCGGCGCGAUCUGCGGUGCCGGAGUUGUGAAAGGUUUCGAAGGGAAGCAGCAGUUUCAGCUUCUCGGCGGCGGUGCUAACUCCGUCGCCGGUGGAUACACCAAGGGAGAUGGGCUCGGUGCUGAAAUCGUCGGCACUUUUGUUCUUGUCUACACCGUCUUCUCUGCCACCGACGCCAAGCGUAGCGCCAGAGACUCCCACGUCCCCAUUUUGGCGCCACUGCCAAUUGGGUUCGCGGUGUUCUUGGUCCACUUGGCCACAAUUCCGAUCACCGGAACGGGAAUCAACCCGGCUCGGAGCCUCGGCGCGGCCAUCGUCUUCAACCAGGACAAGGGCUGGGAUGAUCACUGGAUCUUCUGGGUGGGCCCAUUCAUCGGAGCGGCGCUGGCAGCUCUGUACCACACAGUCGUGAUCAGGGCCAUUCCUUUCAAGAAGUGAGGAUGGAAGAUCGACGGCCACGAUUUGCAGCGUUUUUCUCUUUGCUCUGUUCUGAGCUGUGUCACUGUCAUGUAAUAUUUAAUAAAAAAUCUCCCUUUUUUUUUAAUCUGCGAUUGAAGUGAGCAUUUUAUUUCCCCCCUUAUGUAUUUUUUAUUUUCAGCUGUGAGGGGGAAUAAUGUGUGCUGAGUGGUGGGGGUGAUGGAUGGUGGGCCCACAGCUUAAUUGGAAAGGUGGGCCCCCUGUGUAUGUAACUGUUAUGUGGGCUGGGCUAUGGUAAUUAUUAUGAGAUAAUUGAAAUGUCGUUUUCUGUCUUUGCCGACCAGAAAAAAGUAAACCUACUACUGUGUC